AAACAAACAAAAGACAGUAGCCUAGUGCUGACUAAGACAAAAAUUCAAAUUGGUAAAGUAUGUGACAAACCUCGAGAAUACACCCAAACUUAAUUUCAAAUACAACCACCUUCUACAGUACCAUCAUCGUGAUCUGAUCCCACACUCUUCUUCCUCUUCUUCCAUUCCCUCAAACACUCUCUUCUCUCCGCAACACCUCGUUGCCAACCAUGCCACCUCAUAACAACAUCAUCACUCUCCUCUUUCUCUUCCUCUCUCUCUCCAUAACCUUCACUUCAUCUCUCAACUCAGAUGGUCUCUCUCUCCUAGCCCUUAAAGCAGCAAUAGACGUGGACCCCACAGGAAUCCUCACAUCAUGGUCAGACUCAGACUCACUUCCCACACCUUGCUCAUGGGAAGGAAUAUCAUGCACAAACAAGCAAGUCACUCAAAUCACCCUCGUUUCAAAAUCUCUAACAGGAUACAUCCCUUCCGAGCUAGGCCACUUAACUGAACUCACUACCCUUCAACUCUCAAACAACAAUUUCACUAAAACUAUUCCUUCAUCACUUUUCACUAACAAACUCAUCUUCUUAGACCUUUCUCAUAAUUCUCUUUCUGGUCCUCUUCCAUCUUCACUCACUUCACUUACAUCUCUUGUUCAUUUUGAUCUUUCUUCUAAUUUUCUCAACGGCUCGUUACCUGAGUCGUUGAGUGAAUUAAUAUCUUUAACAGGUACUUUGAAUCUUUCUCAUAAUAGUUUCUCCGGUCAGAUACCGGAGAAACUGGGGAAUCUUCCUGUAGAGGUUAGUUUGGAUCUUCGUGAUAAUAUGCUUAGUGGGGAGAUUCCUCAGGUGGGGUCCUUGCUUAAUCAAGGACCUACUGCUUUUUCAGGAAACCCAGGACUUUGUGGGUUUCCGUUGAGGAAUCUUUGUCAAGACGAGACAAAGGUUCCUGACUAUUUACCGGAGAAUCCGGAUACUAACCCGAAUGCAGUUCGGACUGAACCGGUUCAAGAUGGGAGGGGGAGGGGUGGUUUGUUUGUUGUUGUUGGUUUGGUUUUGGUUUCUGUUGGGGUGGUGGUGGUUUUGAUGUUGGUGGUUGUGAGGAGGCGACGGAGGAGGUUGAAUGAUAGGGAAGGUGGGUUUGAAAAGGGGAAAGUGGAAGGUGAGGUUUUAGGUUGUGGGGAGGAGCAGAAGGGGAGAUUUGUGGUGGUGGAUGAAGGGUUUGGGUUGGAAUUGGAGGAUUUGUUGAGGGCUUCAGCUUAUGUGGUGGGGAAGAGUAGGAGUGGGAUUGUUUAUAAAGUUGUUGGUGGAGGGAAAGGGUCUGUUCCGGCAGCGACAGUGGCGGUUAGACGGUUGAGUGAGGGUGACGAUGGUGGUUUACGGUUUAAGGAAUUUGAGGCUGAGGUGGAAGCUAUUGGGAGACUGAGACACCCUAAUGUUGUGCCUUUGAGAGCUUAUUACUAUGCUAGUGAUGAAAAACUUCUCAUCACUGAUUUCAUUCGCAAUGGAAGCUUGCACACUGCUUUGCAUGGCAGGCCAUCCGAUUCAUCGCCACCAUUAUCAUGGGCAGCAAGAAUAAAAAUUGCACAAGGAACUGCAAGGGGAUUGAUGUACAUACAUGAGUUUAGUGGUAGGAAGUAUGUCCACGGAAACAUAAAAUCAACGAAAAUACUAUUGGACGAUGAUCUCCAUCCUUACAUAUCCGGUUUCGGACUUACUCGUCUUUGUUUAGGUACCUUAAAGUCUACCACAUUCACACAUAAGCGGCAGAACUCAAACCAGUCUAUUGUUGUCUCAACAAAGAGUUCCAAAGUUGCUGCUAACUCUAAGAACUACAUGGCACCUGAGGUGCGGAUGUCUGGUGGAAAGUUCACUCAAAAAUGCGAUGUGUACUCUUUCGGUAUUGUUUUGUUAGAACUUUUGACAGGUCGAUUACCGGAUUUAGGACCAGAAAGUGAUCAAAAGGAGCUAGAGAGUUUCGUGAGGAAAGCAUUCCAGGAGGAACAGCCCUUGUCAGAGAUCAUAGAUCCAGCACUUUUGCCGGAGGUUAAUGCUAAAAAACAAGUUGUUGCAGCGUUUCAUGUUGCACUGAACUGCACAGAACAUGAUCCAGAAUUGCGACCGAGAAUGAGAACCAUUUCUGAGAGCCUUGAUCACAUAAAAAUUCAGUGAAAAAAGACAGGAAACGUUGUAAAUUUUGUUCAUGAGUCUAACCUUUAUCUUUUUUGCGGUGUUGGUUCUGUAAGAUUAUUGUAGAUGUGGAAUACUUGAUCUUGCUUGUUUGUGUAUCAAGCUAAGCUAAUGCAUUUUAUUCUCAACAA